UUACGGAUAUUCAUUCCUCCCCAAUUUUUCAUAUCUCCUUCAACCUCGAUCCCAUAUUUAAAUCCCUCUGCUCCAAUCUUCAAACCCCACUCAAUUCACAGUAUCCAGUUGAAGUGUAGGAUAAAAGUUACCAGAGAGUAAAUAAUGGGAAAGGAGUCAUUACAAGUACUAAAUGCAUUAGAUGUUGCCAAAACACAAUGGUACCAUUUUACAGCAAUCAUUAUUGCUGGAAUGGGAUUCUUCACUGAUGCAUAUGAUCUAUUCUGUAUAUCUCUUGUCACGAAAUUACUUGGAAGAAUCUACUAUCAUGUUGAUGGUGCGCCAAAGCCUGGAUCAUUGCCUCCAAACGUUGCUGCUGCUGUUAAUGGUGUGGCGUUCUGUGGAACGUUGGUAGGGCAACUCUUCUUCGGCUGGUUGGGCGAUAAAAUGGGGCGAAAACGAGUCUAUGGCGUUACUCUAAUGCUGAUGGUUGUUUGUUCCAUAGGCUCUGGCCUCUCCUUUGGCCAUAAUUCACAAUCUGUCAUGACUACUUUAUGCUUCUUUCGAUUCUGGCUUGGGUUCGGUAUUGGUGGCGAUUACCCUCUUUCGGCAACGAUCAUGUCGGAAUACUCGAAUAAGAAGACUCGUGGUGCGUUCAUUGCUGCUGUGUUUGCUAUGCAGGGGUUUGGAAUUUUGGGUGGAGGGAUAUUCGCCGUUUUCAUCUCUAUGGCAUUUAAGGCUAAGUUUGAUGCUCCAGCUUAUGCAGUUGAUCCUGUUGCCUCCACUGUGCCCCAAGCUGAUUAUAUUUGGAGGAUUAUACUAAUGGUUGGAGCUCUCCCUGCUGCUCUUACUUACUUCUGGAGGAUGAAAAUGCCCGAAACUGCACGCUACACGGCGCUUGUAGCGAAAGAUACAGCCCAAGCUGCAUCAGACAUGUCAAAAGUUUUGCAUAUGGAUAUUGAGGCAGAAACUCCAGAGUCUGCUCAGUGUCACGGUGAUGCUCGAAAGUGGGAACUAGAGUCUGCUCAGUGUCACGGUCAUGCUCAAAAGUGUGAUCGUGACACUCAGCAGCUGCGAAAUGCGUAUGGAUUGUUCUCGAAAGAGUUUCUUCGUCGUCAUGGAACUCACUUACUUGGAACUGCUAUUUCUUGGUUUUUAUUUGACAUUGCAUUCUACAGCCAGAACUUAUUCCAGAAAGAUAUCUUCACCGCAAUUGGAUGGAUUCCUCCAGCAGCCACCAUGAAUGCAGUUGAAGAAGUCUUCAGAAUAGCAAGAGCUCAAACAUUGAUAGCCCUCUGCAGCACUGUGCCUGGCUACUGGUUCACAGUGGCUUUCAUUGACAGAAUUGGAAGAUUUGCCAUUCAACUCAUGGGAUUCUUCUUCAUGACAGUCUUCAUGUUUGCUUUAGCCAUUCCAUACCAUCACUGGACUUUGAAGGACAAUCAAAUUGGCUUCAUAGUCCUCUACUCACUGACGUUCUUCUUCGCCAACUUCGGACCGAACGCAACCACUUUCGUCGUCCCAGCUGAGAUCUUUCCAGCACGAUUCCGUUCUACUUGCCAUGGGAUAUCAGCAGCAUCUGGAAAGCUUGGAGCUAUGGUGGGUGCAUUUGGUUUUCUAUAUUUGGCUCAAAACCAGGACAAGAACAGAACCGAUGCAGGAUAUCCUCCAGGCAUUGGAGUCAAGAACUCGCUUCUUUUGCUGGGUGGACUUAACGUGUUGGGAAUGUUGUUUACUUUUCUGGUGCCUGAAGCCAAGGGAAAAUCAUUGGAAGAGAUGUCCGGCGAGAACGAAGAUGGAACCAUUGAAGAACUUGGGAGGCAGACGCAGACAUUUAGCCAUAGAACAGUUUCAGAGGCUUAAGGAUUCAACCUGUGGUAUUCCCAUUAGAAUUAGGCUACUACACCAUUAUUUCACUUCAUUUUACAAAUUUAGGAAGUGUUUAGUUUCUUAUAUUAUUAUUAUAGAAAUGCAUUUAAUUUCUUCCUCCCGUUCGCUCGCGUCCGAGAAUAGGU